AUGGUGAAGAACAACAACAACAAUGAGUUAGUAGGAUCGAGGAAGAAGAAGAACAACAACAACGAGUUAGUAGGAUCGAGGAAGAAGAAGAAGAACAACAACAACAACGAGUUAGUAGGAUCGAGGAAUAAUAAUAAGAACAACAACAACAACAAGAAGUUAGUAGGAUCGAGGAAGAAGAAGAAGAACAACAACAACGACUUAGUAGGAUCGAGGAAGAAGAAGAAAACCAACAACAACAAAGAGUUAGUAGGAUCGAAGAAGAAGAAGAACGAGUUAGUAGGAUCGAGGAAGAAGAAGAAGAACAACAACAACAACAAGUUAGUAGGAUUGAGGAAGAAGAUGAAGAACAAAAAUAACAACAACGAGUUAGUAGGAUCGAGGAAAAAGAAGAAGAAGAAAAAGAACAAGAAGUUAGUAGGAUCGAGGAAGAAGAAGAAGAAGAACAACAACAACAACGAGUUAGUAGGUUCGAGGAAGAAGAAGAACAACAACAACAAGAACAACAACAAGUUAGUAGGAUCGAGGAAGAAGAAGAAGAACAACAACAAGAACAACAAGAAGUUAGUAGGAUUGAGGAAGAAGAAGAAGAAGAACAGCAACAACGAGUUAGUAGGAUCGAGGAAGAACAAGAAGAAGAAGAAGAACAACGAGUUAGUAGGAUCAAGGAAGAAGCAGAAAAAGAACAACAACAACGAUUUAGUAGGAUCGAGGAAGAAGAAGAAGAACAACAACAACGAGUUAGUAGGAUCAAGAAAGAAGAAGAAGAACAACAACGAGAUCGAGGAAGAAGAAGAACAACAACAACAAGAAGUUAGUAGGAUCGAGGAAGAAGAAGAACAACAACAACAACAAGUUAGUAGGAUCGAGGAAGAAGAAGAAGAAAAAGAACAAGAAGUUAGUAGGAUCGAGGAAGAAGAAGAAGAAGAACAACAACGAGUUAGUAGGAUAGAGGAAGAAGAAGAACAACAACAACGAGUUAGUAGGAUUGAGGAAGAAGAAGAACAACAACAACAACGAGUUAGUAGGAUUGAGGAAGAAGAAGAAGAACAACAACAACGAGUUAGUAGGAUUGAGGAAAAGGAGAAGAAUAAAAAGAACAACGAGUUAGUAGGAUUGAGGAAGAAGAAGAAGAAGAACAACAACAACAACAAAGAGUUAGUAGGAUCGAAGAAGAAGAACAACAACAACAACAACGAGUUAGUAGGAUCGAGGGAGAAGAAGAAGAACAACAACAACAACAAAGGGUUAGUAGGAUCGAAGAAGAAGAACAACAACAACAACGAGUUAGUAGGAUCGAAGAAGAAGAACAACAACAACAACGACGAGUUAGUAGGAUCGAGGAAGAAGAAGAAGAAGAAGAACAACAACAACAACGAGUUAGUAGGAUCGAGGAAGAAGAAGAACAACAACAACAAUGAGUUAGUAGGAUCGAGGAAGAAGAAGAACAACAACAAGAAGUUAGUAGGAUCGAGGAAGAAGAAGAAGAACAACAACGAGUUAGUAGGAUCGAGGAAAAAGAAGAAGAAAAAGAACAACAACGAGUUAGUAGGAUCGAGGAAAAAGAAGAAGAAGAAAAAGAACAACAACAACAAGUUAGUAGGAUCGAGGAAAAAUAAUAAUAAGAAAAAGAACAACAACAACAACGAGUUAGUAGGAUCGAGAAAGAAGAAGAAAAAGAACAACAACAACAACAACAACAAUGAAAUUACAGAUCUCAUUGAAACUAUUGGAAUGGCAAGACCACAUUUAAAAAUUGAUCUAAUCACUUGUGGAGAAGCGCUGAAAAGAAUUGCAAAGGUUGGCAAUGUUGUUGUGUCCUACCACUUUUGUGAGAGUCUGUUGCACAAGUGGGGAGAGCCAGCAGGACUCAAUCUCUUCCUUUCAAACCUCUCCACCAUCAUGGGCAACAACAAAGAGCUGUCAAAGGACAAGAUUGUAGACCUGCACAAGGCUGGAAUGAGCUAA